CACUAGUGUCGUGUGCAGAGGACUUUAGUGGGACCAGUGGCAUCGUCUGUAAAGCAACGGCAUUUUUAGUUCCUUACCCCGGUUAAACCUUCAGGGGGCUUUCUUUUGCAUUCAUUUGUUCAGUCUGCUGCAAGUCUCUGGAAGACAUCUAAUUCGUUUUUAUAACCAACCCCAGAUGCGGCAGUGUGUGUGUGAGAGAGUGUGUGUGUGUGCGUGUGUGUUCGCCAGUGCUUGAGAGAAAGGGGUCUUGCUGCAAGGGGAAAAGGAGAACGAAGAAACAAACGGURUGGAAUUUUUCGAUUCAAACGUUGCUUUUUUGUUGUUGUUUUUUUUUAGGAAUGAACGCAGAUACGUGCGUUUCAUACUGUGAUAUGACAUCCAUGGAUUCAUAUUAUAACACGCCUUCGCCACACGGUAGGGAUCAGCAACCAUCGGAUCCCUUCAGAAUAUUCCAACCGAGUGAAACCAAAUACAGCCCGACGUUCCUACCUAAAGGACAACAGGGUUACGAGGAGAAGUCUCGGAGUCCUUUCCAACAGGGGUGCCAGUCACUGGAUGACGGCACAGAGGAGGGCAACAACUUCAACAAAUACCACCUCUUCAUGCAACGACCAAUCUGCAAAACACCCCCGGAAGGCGAAAAACUCCACCAGGAAAGCGGAGGACACAACGACGCGCUCAUCCCCUGCUAUGCCAAAGACAACGGCGGUCUAACCGAAUCUGAGCUGACCCCAAACACCGACUCUCCCGGGAUGGAAGGUUCCUACCUGAACCUGAAGGAACCAGGGUUAGGGGUCAGAGGUCAGGGCUCCGACCACCUCUCCAGUCUCGUGGACAAAGGGAGCGAGGCAGCAGACAGCAACAAGGGAAAGAAGAGACGUAACCGCACCACGUUCACCUCCUACCAGCUGGAGGAACUAGAGAAGGUGUUUCAGAAGACGCACUAUCCUGACGUCUACGUUAGAGAACAACUGGCGUUGAGGACCGAUCUGACAGAGGCUAGAGUACAGGUGUGGUUCCAGAACCGGCGUGCUAAGUGGAGGAAGAGGGAGAGGUUCGGUCAGAUGCAGCAGGUCAGGACUCACUUCUCUACUGCCUACGAGCUACCCCUCCUCACCAGGCCAGAGAACUACACCCAGAUCCAGAACCCAUCGUGGCUAGGUGGGGGCAGCGGUGUCUCUCCUGUACCUGGCUGCGUGGUGCCCUGUGACGGGUCAGUCACCUCCUGCAUGCCUCCCCACCCCCACCCACACGGAGGCGUCUCCGACUACCUAGGCGUGCCCAGCCCGGGCGUAGUGGGUCAUGAGGGUCACAUGGGACAGACACACAUGGGAAGUCUCUUUGGGGCUGGAGGAAUGGGCGGUGGGGGUGGGAGUCUCAAUGGUUACGACCUGACCGGUGUCGACCCAGACAGAAAGUCUUCUAGUAUCGCGGCGCUGCGUAUGAAAGCUAAGGAACACAGCGCCGCCAUCUCCUGGAACACAUGAUGCUAUGGGAUUGUUCCUGGGUCUGGCCCCACCCUGGUCAGACACGCCCUAACCCUGCCUCCAUACUCUCCUGAACCUGGACAAGGCCAUGCCCAGUACUGGGGAGGAGGAGGAGGAAGACCAGGAUGGGACUACGACUACGCCACCUGAUAGCACUAAUAAUACCAAAGCAGGUGAAAAUGAAUGAAUGAACUACAACCCCCGAGACGAUAGGAGAGACCAUCACAGGAAACGAUGACAGCGAAAUUCAGCAGCUUUAUAAUGAUAACAGCUAUGACGUCACCGUGACAAUCAGCAGGAGACGCUGAGAAAGAAAGACCCGAGACAGAGGGAGUGGUGCUACUUGUUCUCUCAGAUCUCUGACGGGGGAACGCGCCAUUUUCUCUCUUUAUUCUCUAUGCUCACCACCCUGUGACUCUUUAUUCUCUAUGCUCACCACCCUGUUCCUCUUUAUUCUCUAUGCUCACCACCCUGUU